AAAUUAAUAUUUUAUCUAUUUUGAAGAUAAUAUGGCACAACAACCCCCGGAGACUCCGUCUCAAAAACUUACCAACGAUGACUUUCGUAAACUUCUGGCUACACCGCGUCCAGGUGCUCCAGCAAAUCUCCCUGUUGGUUCAGUUAGAGAUGCUGGAUUGAAACCAAUUAAAAAAGCAACUGCUCCAUUGAGUUCUGAUCGUAUUGAAGCUAGACGGAAGAAAAAGCAUUUUUAUGCAGCCUUAAAAAAACAAGAAGACAACAAGCUAGCUGAACUCUCUGAAAAAUAUCGUGAUCGAGCCCGAGAGCGUCGUGAUGGUGCCAAUCCAGAUUAUCAAAAUGCAGAGACUCCAGGACACGGAAAUAAUGCAUACAGAGCUGUGGCACCUGAUGUUAAAUCGGGAAUCGAUGCAGCUGAAAGAAGACGUCGAAUCAUUCAAGAGUCCAAGUUCUUGGGUGGUGACAUGGAACAUACGCAUUUGGUCAAGGGUCUUGAUUAUGCGCUUUUACAAAAAGUACGUUCCGAAUUACAACACAAAGAAGAUGAACAAGAAAAAGAAAUGGAAAAGGUUUUCGAAGAAAAAGAACUAACCAUCAGUUUGGAAGAAAAAGAGUUUUCAAAUGAACCAACUUUCAAUACAGUCCUUGGUAAGAAUAUUUACAAUACCAUCCUAGCUGCUAAAUCCAAAGAAGUAGUUCGGCAUGAACACUUUAUGCCAGGUCGAAUGGCAUACAUCAUUGAUUUGGACGAUGAUAAUGCAGAAAGCGAUAUUCCUACAACUUUGGUUAGGUCUAAAUAUGAUGUUCCUGUAAACCUCGACGAUACACAAACACUUACAACAAAUGACAUUGUCAUAAACAAACUUUCACAGAUUUUGUCUUAUCUACGAUCUGGUGGUCGUAAUAAGAAAAACCGAAAGCGUGAUAAAGACAAACCUUUGUUCAAUGAAACAAACGACAAUUCGAAGAAUUUUACAAACGAUAACAUUUACGAUGACAUUGGUGAUUAUAAUCCUCCAGUUAAGGAUGGAAAUAGAACACUGCCAGGUUCAAGAUCACCAUUGCACGAAGAGCAUAAUGGAGACCCAUCAUUUGGUCGAGAAGGCAAAAAUUACUUCCAGGAAGAAAUUCAUGGAACAGAAGCUUCUCCACCAAAGAAUAUCUUUAUACCGCAAAGAAUUUCGAAAUCUAUGGUUUCUAAAUUUUCGAAUGAGCCUCAAGGCUAUGCAGAAUGUUAUCCUGGUUUAGAAGAAAUGAAUGAUGCUAUUGAUGAUUCUGAUGAUGAGGUUGAUUACACCAAAAUGGAUUUGGGUAAUAAAAAAGGUCCAAUCGGAAGGUGGGAUUUUGAUACUCAAGAAGAAUACUCGGAUUACAUGAGUACGAAGGAAGCUCUGCCAAAAGCUGCAUUUCAAUAUGGUGUCAAAAUGCAAGAUGGAAGAAAAACUAGAAAAAAUAAAACUGAUAAAAAUGAACGUGCCGAAUUGGAUAGAGAAUGGCAAAAGAUUCAAACUAUCAUACAAAAACGAAAAACAAAAAAAUCAUCCGAUGAGCCUGAGUAUAAAGUCAGUAAAUUCUAAUUUCAAAGUAAUUUUUAUUAUAAAUUAAAUUGUUCAAUAU